GACUGUGCAGUGGUAGUGUGAUGGCCGCUGUGCUUGUAGGUUGGAAGCGAGUGUGAAAUAUACAGUUCCUUAACAGAAAAAAAAACUACAAUCGAGCCAGGAUUAGGGUGCCAAAGGCAGUGCAGGGUGCCAGCAUGUGGCACGAAGCCCGCAAGCAUGAGCGGAAGCUGCGUGGCAUGAUGGUGGAUUAUAAGAGACGGGCUGAGCGCCGCAGGGAGUUCUAUGAGAAAAUUAAAAAGGAUCCCGCGCAGUUCCUGCAGGUCCACGGGCGGGCCUAUAAAAUCCACCUGGACUCUGCGGUGGCCCUGGCCGCUGAGAGCCCGGUCAACAUGAUGCCUUGGCAAGGGGAUGCAAACAACAUGAUAGACCGCUUUGAUGUGCGGGCUCACCUGGACUAUAUCCCCAAAUACACUCCGCCUCUCAUAAAUACUGUGAGCUCGGAGCAGGAGUCGGACGAGAGGAAGUGUAACUAUGAGAGAUACAGAGGUUUGGUGCAGAACGACUUUGCUAGCAUCUCGGAGGAGCAGUGUCUUUACCAGAUCUACAUGGAUGAGCUCUACGGAGGGCUGCAGAAGCCCGAGGAGGAGAAGAAGAAGCUGGCUGAGAAGAAAGUGUCAAUUGGGUACACCUAUGAGGACAGCACUGUGACCGAGACAGACAGCCUGUCUGAUAAGGGGGAGGACGAGGACUCGGACAACAGUGAGACCGAUGAGGACGAAGGAAUCCCUGACAUCGAUGUGGAGGUGGAUGUGGAUGAGUUGGCUGAGGAGCAGGUGCUGGAAGUGAACAAGCUGGCCACCUCCUACGGCAUGGCAGAGGGAGACUUUGUCAGAAUGCUUCGGAAAGACAAACAGGAGGUUGAAGCAAUAAAACACGCUAAAGCCCUGGAGGAGGAGAAAGCCAUGUACUCGGGUCGGCGGUCCCGUAGACAGAGACGGGAGUUCAGAGAGAAGAGGCUGAAAGGCAGGCAGAUCAGCCCCCCCAGCUAUGCCAGAAGAGACAGCCCUACCUACGAUCCCUAUAAAAGGUCUGCGUCCGAGUCGAGCUCGGGGUCCCGCUCCAGGUCUCGCACCAACAGCCCGAGCCAGGAGGAGAAGAUCACCUUCAUCACCAGCUUCGGGGGGAGCGAUGAGGAGGGAGCCCCUGGGAGAGCAGCCUCCACCGCAGCCUCCAAGCACAGCCCUGCCUCUGCCUCUACGGCAGCCUCCACCUCAGCCACAGGUCAUAGCAGCUCCUCCCGGCGGCGCUCUACCUCCUCCUCCUCCUCGUCCUCCUCUUCCUCGUCCUCCUCGUCGUCUUCCUCCUCGUCCCGCUCGAGGUCGGGCUCCAGGUCGCGGAGAGGUCAGCGCAGGACUGGCUGGUGUAGUCGCUCGCGGUCUCGCACACGCCGCAGGUCUGACUCGGACAGCAGGGGGCGCCUGCGCUCUCGAUCGCGCAGCCGCGGGAGGCGCUACUCCGGGGUAACACGCACGCAAUCACACUCGCGGUCACGCUCGUGCUCCACAGACAGGGUGCGCUACUCCUCCUCCUCCCGCAGACACACCAGGUCUGGGAGUCGAUCUCGCUCGGUGGAUCGGUAUCGCAGGGGGGGGCUCAGCAGCGGCGGUGGGGGCAGGCAUCACAGCAGCAGCCGGAGCGAGAGCCAGUCAGCCAGCCGCUCCCCCUCCCCCUCCUCCCCCAGCAGGAACAAGAGCAGACAGCCUGCUGCAUCGCCCAGCAUUGGGGACAAACUGAGAAAGGCUGAAACUCCUGGUGGUAAAGAGUCUGGAGCUGCCAAAUCGAAGCUGACCCCCCAGGAGAGGCUGAAGCUUCGCAUGAACAGGGCGCUUAACAGACAGCUUAAAGCCGACAAGAAGGCUGCUCAGGAGAAGAUGCAACAGCAAGAGCACGAGAGACAGGAGCGCGAGGAUGAGCUGAGGGCCAUGGCUCGCAAAAUCAGGAUGAAGGAGCGGGAGAGACGGGAGAAGGAGAGGGACGAGUGGGAAAGACAGUACAGCAGACAGAGCCGCUCUCCGUCCAGGUCACCCAAGCACAGUCGUGAACACGGUUCUUCUAGAAGGCGUUCUCGAUCCCGCUCUAGAAGCCCACACUACCGAUACUGAACUGCCACAGAGCGUUCUUUAAUACAGGACUAUCGCCGUCGUCUCUUUCCAGGAGAUAAAGUAACAACCACUUUGAAUUGCACCAUCUGGUCAAUUCUGCUGUUAUGUAAAACCAUGCUGUUGUGCGCUUUGCCCUUGCUUUUUCUGUUCUGCUGCCAGUGCGCAGUGCAUACCGCUAAGAAACACGAACUGCUCACCCGUCACCUCCCCAUCAAGGGCUCACCGUGCAGAGCUUGCCAGGAUUCCAACAGCUAGGGGAUCGCUGGCAAAGGAGCAGCCCCAGGAAAAGCUUGAACGUUUGGUCUGCAGCUGCACAGAUUUGUUACAACCAGCCAAAGGGGGUGGGGGAGCUUGUGGUCGCUGUGGUUUGGUAAGAAGUGUGAAAUCAAAAGGUUUGUUGUACUCCUCACUGCAACCACCUUCUAACCCCCUGUUCGCACCUGGUCAUCAGAUAUUCAGUCGAGCUGCCACGAUAUUCCUGAUACUGUAGAGCAGUUUUACGGUAACCGCGAUGGUUGAGUCGCACGUAGAGAGAGAGGGAGAGAGCGCGCACUGAAAUGUGCUUGAUAGUUUCCACGUAACUGUCAAGUUCCACUGUAGCUGCUUGUAUUGCUGUGCUGUUCAGCUUUUCCAUUUGCUUCAGUGAUGCAUUCUGGGCAGGACAUGUAAACCGCUGAUGGGAGGCUCCUCUCUGCUGGGAUUCCUGACACUGCUGCUGUUGCCUGGCUCUUGUUGCUUAAAGGUGUAUGAGGUUUGUUUAGCAUGCUGUCAGGGCUGGACUUACCUUUUAGCCCAGAUGUUAGUGACUGAAUUAGGGGUACACAGAGCCCCUAUAGGCCACAGAGGGAGUUGUGGCAGUCAUGCUAAUUCAGUGCUUUGUGUAACUCUAGAAAUACCUUUUCAGUUUAGUCCCCAAGUGGGUUUUUAAGCACUGUACUGGCAGCAUGAUAUACAUGACCCUCUUGAACCACUGCACAGUAUGAGGUGGAUCAAUGUGCUGACAUCACAAUACGUGUGGGCUGCUCUGUAUGUCCUGUAGUGAGAUGCAUCACAAUGGGUCAAGGGCUCUGAUUUUUUUCUUCUCUUCAGAGGUGUAAUUCAUUAUGUCUUAAUUGACCUGCAGAGGUGUAGGAAAAAUAGAAUCACUUAACAGCACACACCUCGCUGCAAGAUCUCUCCACUCCAAGCAGGCUUGUGCAUGUCUGUAUAGUUCUUUUGUGUCAUCCAUAGCUGUUAAACCCUAAAUAGUGCUGAAUUUAGGAAGUUUCUUUUGCUAUUUCUGUAUUUUUUAUAAAAGUCAGUAUAUCUAAUUUUGUGAUGUCAUUGCUGUGGGAUAUAGAUUCCAGGUCGCUGUAUGACAUCAGUAUCAUGGUCUGGUUUGUAAACCCCUCUUUGUAUUUAUUGUUUAAUUCAAGUAUUUUAUUUACAAGAGUACCGUGAAGAGAGGUUGUGUGAAACCUCUGUGAAUUAACCAGGACUUGGGGGGCGGGGUGUGUUUGAAGGUCAAUGAAUUCCAAUGAAACUACAGGCGGUUAUUAAGUGGGUGUGUCACUAGCAUGCAGAGAGCGUUUUUUUUUGGUUUUUGGUUUUUUUUACAAGUAGCUGUGCUGUGAUUUGAGUUCUGUAUCCCGAUACUGUGUGGUGGGCAAGACUAUAAAUCUAUCUUUAGUGUAGUAAAGACGUUUUCAAUCUUGUGUAAAUGGCUGUUUUAAACAAUCAAAUACAGUACACAUUCAAUAAAAAGUACACUAUUCACUCCUAUUCAUGCUUUUGUGCUUAUUUGGUUUAUAUAUUGGUUUUCACUUUAAAGCCCCAAGUGGCAAACCCUUAUACAGCAGUGCUACAUUUGGAAAUACUUAAAGAAACAAGAUAGUCAAUGAGAAGCAUGAAGUCUUUUGCAAUGUCAUCACAGUUCUAAACAACCUUAUAUAGCAUGCCUGUAAUCGUUUAUUUAUGGUUUUUUUUUCGAGUGGUGUUGUCUUUACUUUCAAAUAUAAAAAGGUACAGAUGGGAAUUAAGCUUUCUCAUUGGCUCAAGGUGAACUUGUCUCUCACUUGUUAGGUUUCCUCAUGACAGGAACAGCGCACUAUGAGAUCCGGAGUUCAUGUUUGAUGCACAGCUGUAUUCUAGGAUUCUCUGUAAAAUUUAUAUUCUGGGUGAAAAAGGACUAAUGUCUAGAAGAUGGACAAAAGGGAAAUAUUUAUUAUGGAAGCUGUUUUACCUUUAAUGGGAUGACCACAGGGUGUAUUUGCAGAACUGCCACGGUCUGUUUUUCCCCUGGGUAUCAAAUUGCAAUACUGUUUAUUUGAAUCUCGAUCUUAUAUAUUUUAAGUAAGUGUUCUUUAUAUUUUAUUAUUUUUAAAAUUUAGCUUGUAUAUUCUGUCCAGCUGUAUUUCAAUAUUUUAAUUGUAGGCUAUAAGAUACAGGAAUAAAGAUUAAGGAAUAUGCACUUAAAAUGUAUUUACAAAAGAAUAAGGCAGUUAGCCUGCAUUGCACUCGCAUUGUGAGGAUCUGAUCGCACACCAAUCUGAGCCCAGAUGGGGCCCAAAAGACACACUUUGGUCAACUUGCUGGAUGUACACCGAGGGUCACUUGUGAUUAACUGCUUCAAAAAGUUUAACACAUGAAGGUAUA